GCAGCACUACUUCGAGGCGAAACGAUAGUAUCGUAAGAUUUAUGAUUGCCAACACUAGGCAGCUGAUGAAUGAACGUGCGGUAGUAAAGGUGUAAAAAAUAGCAAGAUAAUUCGCGAAAAGUCGUUCGCUACCUCCUUCCUACUGAAAAUCCAGCCGCAGGUGAUCAAAUUUAAGCGAAAGAGGAGGAAAACCACAACAACAACGAGUAGGGAAUCAAGAAGAGAAGCUCAAUACGUCUUUCGUCCUGGCCACCGGCACACAAUGGACUGUUUGUGCUAGUGUGCGUGUGUGCUGGUGUAGUAGUAGUAGUAGUAAUACGAACGAGUGCGAGGCAAGAAGAAAAAACAAAAAGAAAUCGUAGUUUUCGUAUUAGAUUUGGUUUUUUCCCAAUAACUCUCGUAUAAGCUGGAAUAUGGAAGUGUAAAUGUGCCAGGUGACUGCUAAUCCCAUGCGAUUGCUGCUGGUUCCGGCGCAGGAGGCAGUGCAUCUAACUGGAGGGGAUUGCUCACGAUUCCACUCCCGAUUCCCGAUCCGGAUCCCAUAAUGCUGCUGGCCGCAGCCGGUCUGCCGGCCUACGAUGCUGGCAAGCUCAAUUCGAACGCCGGAUCCGGAGGCUCUGGUGGCGGCGGCGGCGGAGUUACUCCAACCACCUCAGCGGCAAGUCGUCCCAGUGCUGCCAGUGCGUUGAUGAAAACACUAUCGGUGCGCUUACACCGAGGCACCGAAUUCAUCAAAGAUACUGUGCAGAAGGCCCUCGUGAUAUCCGCACCCAAUUCGGUGGCUCCAGCUCCAGCUGCUGCUCCGGUGACCCUGGCUUCCGUCAAACUGUUGGACCAGAGCCUGAAAAGGAAGCUAAGCGGUGCCGGUGGACUGAUGGGGUGUGGUGCCUCAAGCAGCUCUAACAUUGCCGCAACCAACCGCCACUACGUGCUGGCCCGGGAGUCACAUACUCAAUUGCAGUCGCAGGGCCAAGGGAAUCAGCAGCAGACUUUGGCCAGCCAGGUGCCCACCUUGGCCUUUCUGCGCACUUAUACUGUGGCGCCGACAGCUCUGCACCGAUCUGCUGCCGCUAGGAAGCGCAACCCCAGCACAGACAGCCUGCUCAUGGAUCUGUGCGACUUUAAGCCCAUCCGGCCCAUGCCCAUCACACCAAUUAAAAUAAACAAAUUCCGUGGCUUUGAACUGAAGAAACCAAAAUUUGUAGCCGCAACUAAUCCGGACAGUGACGAUGACGAGGACGACGAUGAUGAGGUGUCGUCCCACAAACCAAAGCACAGCAACUUGACAUUGCCAACUAACGAUGCAUCGGCUUUUGUGCCAAUGCCUCACAAAGAAACCACCAACACCAACACCGCCAUCACAAACACCACCGCCUCAACUAGUAGAAGGAGCAGGAGCCACACCUCAAGCUCCAGCCAGGCCAAUACCAAUCCCUCUAACACAACCAAUGCCAAUGCCAAUCCCAAGCCAAAGCGGCGCCGCCGUGCACCGCUACUCACGGCCAAAAAGCAACGCAAGAGGCCGGCCACAAGCUCUCCAAAUCCGGCCGAAUCUGAAGAGGAUGAGAUUUCUGUAACCAAGCGCCGAACAACAGCUGCAAGUGGAGGAGCCAAGCGUAAUCGUGGCGCUUCCACAGCAGUUUCAUUACCAGUUGCUGCAUCAAACUCACCCGCAAUGCCACGUCCUCCGGCCAAGCGCAAGGCGGCCAGUGGAGGUGGAGCCGCCAAACGCAGUCGUGAAGCUUCCGUGGCAGCUCUCACCACCACAUCAAGCAUCUCUCCAGGCACAUCUCCAGCUGUAAAGAAGGCCGCAUCCAAGCGUAAGACAGCCACCGCAGGCAAAGGGCCAGAGGCGAAACGUAGUCGUGGGGCGACAGCUACACCACCUCGGACAUCGCCGCCGAUGACACGUCAACGGGCCCGUCAGAAGAUCUCCGCCAGCAACUAAGCUCCAUGGACCUUAGAUGCUCGCUCAUUGGAACGUAAGCCGAUAUGGCAGAAAUAAAAAAUCAACAAUAGUAGGAAAAACAAAGCAGAAAGAAAAAAAAGAGUCGCUAAGUCUUAAGUCUUUGGUUCUAGUUACUGUUUAUGAGUAAACGCGUUGCGAUCUUUGCGAUAUUGUGCAUUCGUGUUACCCUGUUUCGUUUGAAGUAAGUGGAAGUGCAUGAUACGGGGCAAUUAGGAAUGUAAAGUAACCACUGUAGUUAAAAUCGUUUCGAUUAAUUUGUGCAAUCUGAAAUUUUUUAGAAACGCCGAUGGGUUCCGGUCUCGCACUUUCACUUGCUUAAAGUAAAAUGUGUUGCAGCAGCAGCCUCACUUUUUGACUUGGUCUCCAAGACUGAUAUAACAAAGCAUCCGCUACGAAUAUAAUAAUAUGAUACAAAAUGAUAUAUGCAAAAAAUGGAAAUCGAGGUCCUUGCGGUUGGCCCUCAAAACACUCACAAGUCAUCGAGAAGAAAGUAUUAAAUGUAUAAAGAAAACAGUAAAUUGUAAGCCAUUCCUCUAUAUGAUAUUUUAAGUGGAACAAUAUUUGUUUAAAUCUUAAAUCUGUAUGUUUUAUGUUAACCACAUUAUGUGUUUCUUUAAGAUGAAUGUACAAACAAAGUGCGCGUAGUUUUCAAUUUCAAAUUCAAUUCAAUAACAUUUGUGUUUGCCUCUGAGGCAGAAUGGAAGAAAGUAAGGAUGAAAACGCCACAACUACAAAUAAUUUUCCUACUUUAAUUAGGUUUGUUAGAAUUUAUAGCUUAGGUGACAAACUAAACCAUUUAUUUGAGUUAAUAAUACAUAAACUAAUAUAUGUAUGAACACUAUCCUUAUUUUAAGAAUAUGAUCUAAACUGUAAGAACCACAUAAACUAUAAAAUACAAAAGUCUAUGGAAAAUAUACCGGUCAAAUCAACUGUGUGUUGUGAUAUGAACUAAUUUAUAAAAAAAAAAAAAAUAAUAAAAACCAAGCAAAAGAGCGGAAAGGCCGGAAACUAAUUCAGGACUCCUCCUCCUCUCAGCUUGACCCUGACAACACAGAAUAGCUCCUCAAGAACUCAAUUCAGAUUCAGAUCUUCGAUAUCAAUAAGUAGAAGCUAAACAGAAUAAAAGAAAACUCAAUUGCAAGGAAACGAAAAUGUUUAAAAAUUAAGCCUAAGAGAGAAGACAAUUUCAAGCGAUUCCAAAACAAACAAACACAAAAAUUACUUAAAACCAGCGAGUUGUAUGCGUCAAUAAAAAGUAACUUAAAAUAAAAUA